GUUGUUUUCUUUUUUAACACCUGUUAAAAAAAAUUAUCACCUGGAUUCAUCAACAUUAUUUUAUAAGCUCAAGAUGACUACAAGAUUCAAGAUUAUUGUUUUUCAGGUCUACAUAAUUUAAUAGCUAUGAACAAAUUAAAAAUAAAAUACAUCUUGAAAGAUAAAUUAACAUUUGGCAGUGUGUUACUGAAUAAUUUAAUUAAGAAUUUAUUGAUUGCAUGUCUUGUUGGUUCCUGUUGAAGCUUUUUAAAGUUUUUUGUCAUUAAAAUAAGUUAUUGAUAGUAAUUAACAACCAGCUGUUUUUUAUCUCAAGAAAUCAUUGGUAUAUUGAUCAUCAUCACACCAAAAUGACAAUUCAAUUUCAGCUAGUUGUACCAGGUGAUAGCAAUGAGUAACAUCUAGAAAAAAAAUCAACAAAAACAAAACAAGUUUGUCAAAUAUAUAUCCAUGUUGAGUCAAAAUUUCAUAAUAAUUGUCCAGCUAGAUAAAAAGAUAUUGGAAUAAUUAUUUCACCAUUUUGUUUAUCAACAAACCGUAAAUCUUUUGAUACAACAGAAAUCAUUAUUAUCGACCCUGUGUAUUAAAUGACAGCUGUCAUUUUCUUUUCAUAAUAAACUGUGUUUUUCUCUCUGAAUUAACUCUUAUAUUAAUUAGCAUGUAAACAUUGAAAAAACAAAUCGAAAAAAAAAGGAGUAAUAUAAAUUUGACUGCAUUUGACAGUGCUAAUAACUGAAUGAAUAAAAAACACACAUCCAGAGUUUAAUAAUUUACAAAAUUAAAAAAUAACAAUGGAUAAAUUAACAGUGAUAUCAGGUACACUAUUUUUUGCUGCUGAUAUGUUUGCUGUUGCAAGUUUAUCAAUGCCUGAUUGGAUUAUAACAGAUGUUGGAGGUGACAUAAGGCUUGGUUUAAUUUGGACAUGUAUGACUUUGUAUAAUCGUCAACAAGUUUGUUAUACACCAGAUUUACAACCCGAAUGGCUUCUUACAUUGGCAUGUAUUUUUGUUGGUUGUAUAUUAAUAACAGUAACAAUUAUUCUUCUUAUAUUUUCACACUGGGAUCGUCAAGUUGUUCCUUAUGCAAGAUGGGUUGGUUUUACAGCAAUGGUAUUAUUUUGUCUUGCUGCUGUUAUAUUUCCAAUGGGUUUUCAUAUUGAUGAAAUUGGUGGACAACAUUUUCAACUUCCAAAUUCUCAUCAAGUUGGAAUAUCAUAUAUUUUAUUUGUUUUAUCAUUAUGGAUUACAGUUAUAUCUGAAUUAUUUGCUGGAAAAGUAUGCUUACCACAUUUCUAGCUAGGAUAUGAUGAUUUUGUUAUGAUAUUUUGUGUAUUUUUUAUAUUUUCUCCAUUACUUAUAACAGCAAUAUUAAUAGCACAUCGUGAUAAACAGCAUCUAAUUACUAUUGAUACAUAAGCUUUAAAAAAUUUUAUAAAAUAAUAUUUAUUAACUUACCUAUUAAAAAUUUAAUUUAUUUUUUAAAUAAUAUACAUUUUUCAUUAUUAUUAUCAAGUCAUAAUUUAAUCAUUUAUUUUUUAUUUUAAACUAACUUGUCAAGUUAUUAUAUUUAUUACAUAGAUAAAUAGUUAUCCUUAAUAAAUACAUAUGGAAUGAUGUUUAAUUAAUCACAUAAUUAAAAAACAUGCUUUAAAUAUUGUACAAUUAAAUCAAACAUGUACAUAGCAAUUAAACCAUAUGGUUGAUGACUUUGUUUUUUACCUUAUUAAUUCCAUUAUAUAUUGUACAAAAACAUGAAUAAAUUUUUUUAUAUAUAAAUAAAUAAUAUUGGACGCAAAAAACAUGAGGUUUAUUUAUUUUUGAUUAUCUAUUGAGCCUAAUUUUAAUUUUUUCUUUUCUUUACACAAAUAUUUAUUACUUGUCAUGAUGAUUGGCAAUAUUUUUAUUAUUAUUUCAGCAAUAUUUUAUCAUUUUUUUUACUAUACAGUUGUGCUUCCAUUUUCUCGUUCAUGAUUGAUGAUUUGAGUUAGUGUUUGUCCUUGACCAAGCUGUAGCAAAAAAAAAUUACAAAAUUUUCUCAAUUAACAAUAUUUAUUAUUAAUCAAUUUUUAAUGAAUGAAAAUAAUUUAUGACAAAUUUAAAGUGUCAUACGUACCAUGCAGAAAAUUUUGAAUACAGCAUUUAUUUUUUAUUUUUGUUUUAUUUUGCAAAAAAAAGGUAAGCAAGUGUAUGCAUAAUUAUUAAAAGAAAAUUUUUUUUUUUUAAUCAAUUGAACAAUGUUUAAAGCAAAUUAAUUAAUAAAAUUUGUAUAUGUAUGUUUUGUUUUUUUUUUAAAUAAAAAUUAUAAGAAAACAAGGAAAAAACAUUUUUGGCAUUUGAUAAUUGAUUUAUUAAUAAUUCACGUGUCAUUCAUC